UCUUAGGGGGAUGAGGGGGAAGCUCUCAUACAUUCUCUCAUUUCUUUUUGGGUCACUGCGGAGAUCCUCAUUUUGAGAACUUUUAACGACGCAGGUGUCCCAGAAAACAAUCCAUUGAUCGGCAGUAAUUAUAAUGAAAGCAUGAAGUGUUUUACGUGUGUGUAAACAUAAACUCGCACAGAGACAAGGUUAAGGUAUCGAUGAAUUAUUGAACAGUAAAUUAUAUCAUAAACAUAAAGAAAACACACAAACAAUAUCCCUCUGUCUUGUUGAAAGAGGGCCAGGCAAAUACACAAACAAUACAUCGCCUGCAUUUCUAAAUCAGAAUCUAUACGGUAGAAGCAAACCAAGAACUAUUUUUCCAUACUGUAGUUCAUGUAACUCAUGUUUGGUAAAGAAACUGAAUAUCCUAAAAUACAAAAAAGGAGUUUUUCCUGCUGUUUGCAUUUCAACUGUUUAGAAAAAUGAUGUGAAGAUUUAAAAUAUGUAAAAUUCAGAAAAAUUUAAUCCAGGAUUAUGAAUAAUAUUCACUGUUUCCUGUGCGAACAGAAUAUAGUGCUUCCAAUUUUUGUGAUAUUUCUUUUGAUUGUCUGCGCAAGAGUUGGAUAUUCCACUGAAGUGAAUUUUCAGCCAUAUUGUAAUUUAUCACAAUACAAUGUACUGCCGUCCUUUCUUGAAUCAUCGUAUUCCUACAAGUGUGGUGGUGUUAAUGUUGACACUUACACUUGUUAUCCGGGGACUUCUCAAUGCCUGGAGAGGGUGUGUCAUACCAUCAGUGAAUGGGACAGACUGUUGCGUCAUUCGUUUUUUACGUCUACAGACUUUGGCGUCAUUAACAGUCUUAACAGAAGGCGGUCUUCCUGCAUAGCUUUACAUCAACUGGAUGACAGUUUUGUCACAGAAGGUCAAAUUACGUCCGGCUCCGUACAGGCGUUAGCUAUGGGAGGAAUGUUCGGGAUUAUCAUCAUAGCCAUCACGUGCUUCACGGUCUAUGUGUUAUGUCGUCAUACGUGACGCAACAUGAAACAUAUGACCAACCAUUUAUCUUUAAUCUCUACUGUAACCAUAGUCAUUAAAAUUCUUGAACCAACAAUUGAAGUUAAGAUGACCUGUAAAAUAGUAGAUGGUUUUUAUGUGUAUAAGGCA